ACUGCAGCACUAAACAUGGCGUCCCAAUUUAGCGGUGUUUUGCAGUUGACAGAUCUAGAUGAUUUUAUCACUCCUUCCCAGGAAUGUGUGAAACCAGUCAAGGUGGAGAAGAAGCAAGGCAGAUCUGUGGCUAAAAUUCAAAUAGAAGAUGAUGGGAGCUAUUUCCAGGUUAACCAGGAUGGUGGAAAGCAGAAGCUGGAGAAAGCUAAGAUCACUCUGAAUGACUGCCUGGCCUGCAGUGGCUGCAUCACCUCAGCUGAGAGUGUCCUUAUCACACAGCAGAGUCAUGAAGAGAUCUAUAGGGUGCUACGCAACAACAAGCAGGCGGGUGUAACAGAGCAGAAGGUGGUGGUGGUGUCUGUGUCCCCACAGUCCAGAGCCUCCCUGGCAGCACGCUAUGGCCUGAGCAGCAGUGAGGCGGGCAGGAGGCUCACCGCCUUCUUCAAGGGUCUGGGGGUUCACCACGUGUUUGACACCAGCUUCAGCCGGACCUUCAGCCUGUUGGAGAGUCAGAGGGAGUUUGUGGAGCGGUUCCAUCGGAAGGGACAGGACAAGCAGGCCCUGCCCAUGCUGGCCUCUGCCUGCCCAGGUUGGAUCUGCUAUGCAGAGAAAACCCAUGGAGAGUUCAUCCUGCCCUACGUCAGCACCACCCGCUCCCCACAGCAGAUGAUGGGCUCUCUGGUGAAGGGCUUCUUCGCUGGCCAGCAGGGCCUGAGCCCUCAGCAGAUCUACCAUGUGACUGUGAUGCCCUGCUAUGAUAAGAAACUGGAGGCCUCCAGGCCUGACUUCUACCUGGAGGAGGCUGAGACCAGAGAGGUGGACUGUGUCAUCACUUCAGGAGAAGUUCUGAAGAUGCUAGAGGAAGAGAAAGUGUUGCUCAGCGACGUGGAGCCAGCCCCAUUCGAUACAAUGUUCAGCAGUGUGUGUGGUGAUGAGUUGCUGGGUCAUGCAGGGAGUGGUUCAGGAGGAUACCUCCAUCACGUGUUCACACACGCUGCCAGACAGCUGUUUGGAGAGGAGGUGAAGGAGCUCACUUACAAAACACUCAAGAACAAGGACUUCCAGGAGGUGACCCUGGAGAGGGACGGUGUGGUCGUGCUGCGUUUCGCCGCAACCUACGGUUUCCGCAACAUCCAGAACCUGGUGCAGAAACUCAAGAGGGGCAAGUCACCCUACCACUUUGUAGAGGUCAUGGCCUGUCCGUCAGGUUGUCUGAAUGGGGGAGGCCAGGUGAAGCCCUUACCAGAGCAGAACAACAAGGAGUUACUACAGCAGGUGGAGGAUCUGUACAGGGAGGAGCGUCCUCUAGUGCCCGAGGAGGACCAGCGCGUGGCAGAGCUGUACCAGUCCUGGCUACAGAGUGUAGGAGAGGAGAGAGCCAGGGAGCUGCUGCACACACAGUACCAUGCAGUGGAGAAGGCCACCAACGGACUCCUUGUCAAAUGGUGAAGAAGAGGGUGAAAGGAUGUUGAGGGGUUUCUGGCUUCUGUAAGUGAAUGUAAGACUGUCAGGGUACAUCUCAAUAGUGGCCUCCUCUGUUUCAUCUCCAUUGAGCUUAACACAUAUUAGGUGAAAGCAGCAUGGCGGAUUCUUGUCGGGUAUUUUCUGUCACUUCUAGUUCUUUAAUAACAGUAGAAAUCAGUGGAGCUUGGUGGGAGGAGCUAUAGGAGGGCUCAUUGUAAUGGCUGGAAUGGAAUAAAGGGAACCGAGUCAAAGGUGGGUUCCAUAUCUUUGAUGCGUUGGAUACCGUUCCAUUAUUCCAUUCCAGCCAUUACAAUGAGCCCGUCCUCCUAUAGCUCCUUCCACCAGCCUCCACUGGUAGAAAUAAAGGAAAGGGCAUGAGAGGAAAUCUAUUGAGAUGCAUCCCUAUUCUAGGAUUAUUUGAACCAUUGAGUGAAAUCACAAAACUUGACCUUGGAUCAAUGUUUAUAUCUGUACUGGAUGACUGCAGAACCGUCCAAACGACUGAAUUUACCACUUUCCUUCACGCGUUCUCUCUCGUCUCUCCGUCUUCCCUCUCCAUCACUGUCUCUCUCUGCUUUUAAGGACCCCUCAUCUCUUGAUUUCUCUAUCUAUCCAUUAAUUCCUUUCUAUGUAUCCCUCUCUGUCUGUGCUUAAAGGACUGUCUCAGUCAGGUCAAAUAGAGCAUUAUCGCCAAGUGUUUAAUUACUGUGGCGGCCUAUCAUUCAUUCAUUUAUACCAACAUAAAGGCUGUAUACAUUCAGGCUAUAGAUUCUAUACACACAAGCUAAUUCAUACCAGACCUUAAUGUGGUUGGAGAAUUAUGACUUUACUACUGUUGUCAAGUGUGCACUAAUUAUGAAUACAGCAGCAAAUUCUGUUAUUUCAGUUGUAUGCACUGAAAAGUAUUUGUUGUACUCUUGAAAUGUUUUCUGAUGGAAUUCUAAAGAAAUAUUUUACAUAGUUUAAAUGUAUAUAAUCUCUGCCUUAUUUAUAAAAAUAAUCUAUAUGAUGAACCAUAUUUUGCAUAUUAAAAUGCUACAUUAGUGUGA